CCUACCCUCCCCACUUACCACAACCAAUUCAUCUUUCUGUUCUCUGAGUUCACCUCCAUAUCUGUGCUCUUUUACCGUGCAGAAAGAGCGACAGUGAUAUGCUUUUCCAAGCCACCCUUUUUGCCGCCUUGCUAGGCACUACGGUAGCCAGCAGCGGCUCCAACUCCAAAUGUCUAUCCUCCAACACGGUCGGAGCUGCCAACUACCAACUCUGCUGUCCUGAAAGCCAAGGCUCCGGAAAAGGGACCGUGGGUGAUUCCGUCUUCGAAUUCACCUGUGGUCAAUACCUCACCGGCAAAAGUGGCGCGGGCACGCAGCACCGACAGGUGAACAGUGCCAAGGACUGCGCCCAGCUCUGUUCGAGUCCGGACUGUCCCGGAGCCUCCUGGCACAGCACCGGGAAGAAAUGCUUCGUGCUAGGCAGCGGAAACACCGACUAUGCUCCUUAUUCGCCGGCAAAGGAUUGGAUGGUCCUGACCAAGUCGGCGGAGACCCCUGAGGAUCCCGAUCCGGAGGAGGAUUGCAAGGAAUUCAUCGAUGCGGCCAAAGAGACUGCCGCUGCGCAAUGUACCUCGGAGAAGGAGCAACAGAAGAAGGAGUGUGAGAGCAACAAGGCCAGCGCGCUCACCGGGGCCAAGGCCCAAUGCGAAGCCGAGAAGACUCAACUCAAAGAGCAGGCCGCCACCGCGGCAAGCCAAUGUGAGGCGGACAAGACCGCGGCGCUGGAGCAGUGCACGGCUGAGAAAGAGCAGAUUCAUGGGGAGGAGAAAGCCAAGUGCGAAGCUGAGAAGGCUGAACUCGCCAACGGCGCCACCGCUAGCGCAGAGAAAUGCGAGUCCGACAAGGCCGCAGCGCUCGCAGGCGCCAGCCAACAAUGUGCGACCGAGAAGGAGCAGCUUCGACAGGAAGGAGAAGCGCAGUGCAAGUCGGAUAAGGAGGCUGCCAGCUCUGAUUGCGAGAAGGAAAAGAAUGAAAUCCGCCAGCAGGGUGACAGCAAGUUGCAGCAGUGCCAAGCCGAUAAAGACAGCGCCGUCGCCAACGCCAACGCCCAAUGUGCCACGGAGAAGGAUCAGCUUCAGUCGCAAUCCAAGUCCGAGAAAGACGCCGCCGCCUCUCAAUGUGAGAAGGAGAAGGAUGAAAUCCGCCAGCAGGGCGACAGUAAAUUGCAGCAGUGCCAGGCUGAUAAAGACAGCGCUGUCGCCAACGCCAACGCUCAGUGUGCCACGGAGAAGGAUCAGCUUCAGAAGUUGGUGGAUGAUGCUCGAUUGCAAUGCAAAUCCGAGAAAGACGCCGCCACCUCUCAAUGUGAGAAGGAGAAGGAUGAGAUCCGCAAGCAGGGAGAAAACCAGCUGCAGCAGUCCAAGUCCCAGUAUGAAGCCGAAAAGGCAGGCCUCCAGCAGAAGAUCAAGGAGUUGGAGGAUAAGACCUCGUCGGUGGGCAGUGGCACGGCUGGUGGUCAGUGGCUGUCGGUCGAUGAGAAGUGUCGCAGCAACAGCUGGAGAAGUCUCUGCGACGGCACUUGUUCUCAACGACAAUUUACUCUCGGGGGUGUGGAUUUCCAGGUCAAAUGUAAUGUCCGCACCAACGGGGCGGUUGAAGAAAUCUGGUGGUACCGCCAAUCGAUUCUGGAAUGUGCUGAAGCAUGUGCCUUGAAUCCCCGUUGCUUGGGAGUGGGAUGGAGGAACUUCGGCGGUGAGCCUGAGAAGGGAGUCUGCCAUGCUAUGAUCAAAUGGGAUCAUAUCUACCAGCUCGUCAAUACUGCCUUCCCUCACUCCGGUGGUGAGCAUCUUAUCUACGCCAAGGGUCGCAUCACUCCGACGGGAGCUCCUGGCACCUGAGGAUGCUAAAGGACAUAUACUUGCCACAUGUUCCAAGCCAAGGGACCCAAUUCCUUCCUGAAUUUCAAUUUGAUGGAUUUAUAGACUGAAAGUGAGAUUCCAUUGUAACAUUCUGACAUUACUCCCGGCCAUCGCCAUAAUUCUUCCUGGAGCCUGGAGGUACAUGCAGGGCAAGGAAAGCACCGUACAGUACACAGGGAAGAUCGAGUACGGUACGGUGACGGUAUAGUAAAUCUGGUCGGGAAUCUUCUUCCGUAGCUGAAAAGAUAAAGGGGGCCAAGAGGAUCGUCGGUGGGGUUCGCGCGGUUUGCUCGGAAAAGUCACCUUCUUUCCAUACAGGAG